AUGUGCGUCGGACACGGCCUGUCCUAUCACUUCAUAGGCCUCGGCUGCCUGGCUGCAUUGGAGAGGGAUGGGGAACUGAUUGGGCCGAUCCUGUACGGCCCGAGGGUCAUGGAGUGGGGCACCGGCGCAGUGCACGUGGUCGCACACAGGUUGCAGGAUGGGGAGGGCUCGAUCGUGUCCUUUGAGCACAGGGUCGGUGUGGAGGAGUGUGACUUCACGCUGGUCCCCCACGAGCCAUGCUGCCUGUUCGACGGCGUGCCGCCCGACGCGAUGAUCACCAAGACCGCAUCGGAUGGCAUCGACGAGCUAAUGGAGAGCGGCGUCGGCGCAAGGGUGUUGGAUUACAUCUCCGGGCUGGACCCCGAUGAGAGGAUAUGCCUCACCGGGUACGACAUGGGCGGGGUCAUGGCCCAGCUGUUCGCCCUCACGUGCAGGCGGGCGUUUGUCAUGACCAUGGGGAGGCCCAUGUUCGCCAACCGGGCGUUCACCAAGUGGUACAACAACACCGUGCACUCUGUCAGCUGCUUCAUUGCAAAGGGGGACAGCAUAGCGGAUUACUGCCGGGCAAGGGCAUCCGGGGGGCUGCACGAGGAUGCCGGGGUGAUCAUCCUGGACAACAACGAGGACCUGCCGCAGGAAACCCCCGAUGGCACGCUCCGGAACCACGGCAGGGACUAUUACAGGAGGUGCUUCUCGAACCUGCGCAGGAGGAGGCAGCGGAUCGGCCCCAUGAUGGACCCCGCCAUCGCUGGGAGGUACAUCUCGCGGCUUGCAAGGCCGCCCCCCGGGCGGAUGGGGAUGAUCGCCAGGGCCCGCCGCAUGAUCGAGGACGGGCUCCUGGGGGACAAUAGUGCCGCAAAAACCGCAUACCGCAGCCUCGCGGAGAGGAUCAAUCAAAAGGCUGUCAUCUCCAACACGGCGAGGUUCGUGUCGGGCCUCUUGUACCUGAUCAAGAGGGCACAGAUCAGGUCGGGGCGCGCGACGCUGGAGGGCAGCGACCCCCCCCGCUCCUUCAACGCCAGGCCCGUGGUGGCCUCUGUCCUGAUCAAGUGGCACCCGAGGGCAUGCUUCGAGUCCAUGGGGGCAAUGGAGGAGGACCUGCGGGCGCGCGCCGUGGCCCUGAUCAAGCGGCUAUCGGACAUUGCCGCAAGCAUGGCCUCCCCCGGAUUCUCGUUCUCGAUCGACGCCUGCCUGGGUUGGGAAGGGCUCGACGAGGAGCUCACCGGGUACCUGGCGGCAUUCGAGAGGUGGAGGGUCCCGGACAAGAAGAGGGUGGCGUCGAGGAUAUCGCACUCCCUCAGGGCGCUGUACGUCGCACACAGCAGGCUCAAGGAUCGCGGGGACGCGGAGUUCAUGAACAUGCACAGGGAUUUCAUCGCACAGAAGGAAAAGCUGAGGAAGCAGUACGCCGCGUGCAUCGGGAAGGAGGAGCUCGCCCGGCUGGAUGCAGAGUUCGGGAUGAUCGAUGUGAAGGAGGCCGCGGGAUCCCAGGAUGCCGCCGGCACCACCAGGCCCCCGCAGAAGCAGGACAGGAUGAACAACGAGCAGCUCGCCUAUGAGCUCUUCCUCGACCCCAACUUUCGCAUCAAGGACGGGUACCAGGAACUCAACCGCGGCGUCUUGGAUGGCGUGCGCAACGCGUUCAGGGAAGCGUUCUGGGAAAGCCUGGUCGAUGACAUGAGGCUCCAGCCCCCGGUAUACUGCCGCGUGAUCAAGGUCCUCGGCGAUAUUCUCAAUGGGUACACCGAGAUCGUCCCGUCGGAGAGGGCCCUCAUGAUGGACAUCGUAAACCUGCAGCUCAUCCAGGAGCGGGUUGCAAGUGACAGCCUCGGAUGGGCCGACACCGUCGCGUUGAUCAGGUUGCUGGCCGGGAAGGUCCAUGACUUGGAUGGAUUCAAGGAGCGCGAGGUGGAGCACAUGAAGAGAUGGGGGGAAAUCGACGCAUCCAUGGACACCGCCCCCGCCGUGCAGCACCCGGGCAUCAUCGGCGGGUCGCUGUGCCUCAUCCUGGACGGCCUCAACCUGGCCAGGGUGCACAGCGCAAACGAGAACCUGAGGAAGAUAUCGUGGGUCAUCGCCGCACACGGCGUCGAUUAUCUCCGCAGCGCAUACAAGGCAAGGGGGGCUCGUGGAGACCGGGCACAUCCAGAUGCAGGCGCUCGCGGCGGGAAGCGCGGAGGCCUAUCUGACCGUCACAAGGCACGCCAUCCUCAGGAUGGCAACCGGCAGCGCGUUCCUCGGCGCGAUGGAUACCCCCCCGCUGCUCGCGAUGGAUGUCAAGCGCCUAAGGGACCUCCGGAUGGAUUCAGCAUGGAUCGCAUCACCGUCGCCAUGAUCGGCAUGGCAAGGCAAAGGCUGCUCGCGCACGCAGACAGGGAGGAGGCCUCCGCACUGGCCGAGGCAUUCGCCACCGCCAUCAACGGGUUCAGUAUCACCGGCACGCUCAACAGCGACCUCCCCGGCGACUUCAGCAGGGAGAGGCAGGUCGCCGCCGUCAUAGCGGCGCUCGAAGACUCCCUCAGCAUCGAGCAGAAGAGGGUGGCGGCAUCCAUCAUGGGCCAGCCGCAGUGCGACCUCGCCGCAUUCUUGAGGUUCGAUGACAACGUAUGGAGGAUCACCCACCGCGUGGUGUACAACAGUCCCCACGGAUUCCGUCACCAAGACCACCUAUACAAGGAUCUACCACAACGCACGCAGGAUCCGCGCGCUGGCAAAACGGACAUUGACAUCUACGCACCAUUCUACAACCAGGCCAUCACGAGCGCAUUCUCCCAGACGGAUAUCUCCAACGGCAACGGUAACUAG